AAGAAACAAAAACACUUUCUUUCUGUUUCCCAUUUCACUUUCUUUCUCUUUUCUCACACAUGGCCUUUCUGUCUUUUAUUAUCAUCAUCUCUAUUUCCUUGCUGUGUGUUUGGUUGGUGAGUCCCCACAGUGCCCUUCUAAACCUCUAAACUAAAACCUAUCUCUCUCUCUUUUCUCUCACUCAUUCAUUCACUCACUUUCACAUAAAAAAAAGUCUCAAAAAACAGCUUUCAUUUUUACACAAAAAUAGUCUUUUUUUUCCUCUUCCAUUACAAAACAUUAACUAGGUUUUGACUUCUAAUGUCUGUCUCAGUCAUUGUCCACUAGAUUUUUUCUUAGCCACAAGGAGUGAUGAUUUUCUUGAAAAUUAUUGGUGUUUACAUUAAGAAGCUUUCUUGCUUUGUUGGUUGAGACUCAAAGUUUGAAGCUUUGGUGGUGUUUGGGAUUUUUCAGUUCAAGUAAAUUUUUUGUAACAGCUGUUGAUGUUCUCAAAUAAAGACAGGUUUUUUAAGGUAAUAUUGUCUUUGUUUCUCUUGUCUCUUGGUGAUUAUCAUUUGAAAUCCAAAAGGGUCAUGGAUCUACCUCUUAGAAUCUCAAUUUGAUCUUUGGUUUGUUGUUAGCAAGAUUUGUUGGUUGAGAGAGAUAAAAAGAGAGAGAGGGGAGAGAAUGAAAUGCAUAGAAGGUUAGAGCUAGAAGAAAAUUGCCAAGUUUUGAGUGAGUUUUUACCACUUUGGCCUUGUUGCUUUUUGCAAGGAUUCUUGAGAGAAAAGAUUUUCAUUUUGCAACGGUUGAAAUCUUCAAAGCUGCUUUAAUAAGACCAAAACCCCAAGUGAAUAUUUUUCUUUAACAAAGCCUAACGUGCCUCCAAGUUUCAAUUUUUAAGGCACCCUUUUGAAGAAUUUGUGUUAUGAUAUAUUGCAUUGGAGUUAUAUUAUAUCCUUGAGCUGAAUUCUCAAAAUUUUCCAAGUGUGUUUAUCCAUGAAGGUUCCUUUUCCAAGCAUAGUGAUGCUUGUUUUGCUUCUUGUUUGCUUUGUAUCACUUCCUCAUGUUAGAGCUCAAUCUUCUUCAAAUAGUGAAGCAAAGGCUUUGGAUGUUGUUCUCCAACAAUAUGCUUACAAGUCAUUGGUGAAUCCAAAAACAGGUACUAUUUACAAUGCAACUCAACUUCCUUCAAAUUUAACUGGAGUUAAGGUUUCGGCAUUAAGAUUAAGGAGUGGAAGUUUAAGGAGAAAAGGUUUUCACAUGUACAACGAGUUCGAUAUUCCAAGUGGAAUAAUUGUGAAACCUUAUGUUGAAAGAUUGGUUUUUGUGUAUCAAAAUCUAGGAGUAGGAAAUUUGUCCAAAAAGUAUUACCCUUUGCCUAAUUACACUUACUUGACACCGGUUUUAGGACUAUUAGCUUACGAUGCUUUAAAUUUGUCGGCUACAAAUUUAUCUGAGCUCGAAAUUAAUCCUUCUGGUGACCCUAUAUCGGUCAAGUUCCAAGAUGUUGAAUCACCUCCUCAUGGAAGUGUUGCGAAAUGUGUUUGGUUUGAUUUGAAGGGUCAUUCCAAUUUCAGCAAUGUAAAAGACGGUAACACAUGCUCUACUUCGCAACAAGGUCAUUUUUCUAUAGUUGCUAAGUCUAUUGUUCCUCUAGGACCGAAAGAUCAAGGAGAGGGUGGUGAGAAGAAGAAGAGUAAUAAAAAGGUGUGGAUUAUUGUUGGUUCUGUUGUUGGAGGACUAGUUUUGUUGGUGUUGUUUUCGUUGCUAGCUUUGUUUAUAAACAAAUACAAACAUAAGAAGAAAAUGCAAGGUAUGGAAAGAGCUGCAGAUUCAGGAGAAACUCUUCAAAUGGCUUCUGUUGGAGAUACUAAAGCACCUGCUGCAACGGUUACAAGAACACAACCAGCGCUUGAACACGAAUAUGCACCUUGACAUUAUACUUUUCGCACAAUCUUUAGUUGCUGGUUCGGUCAUAUUCAAGUUAAUUUAUUGCAAUCAGAAAUUCUUCUACUCACCCUUUUCUUAGAUUUUGAUUGUCUGCGGUCACAAUCUUACGCAUUCAUGCAGUCAUCUCACCGGAGGACAUUGGAUCGAGAUCAGGUGGUGCAUAAAAUCUACAUUGUCAUCUCGAUCCAAUGUGCAGACUGCGUGAAAUUGCUGAUUUGAGGUAAUCGGAAUCCUUUUUCUUUUGGUACAACUUUCUUUCCUUGUUUGCUUCACAUAGGAAUUUUUGUGUACAUCUGUAAUGGUUUUAGUUUGUUUCAUGAUUCAUUGUGAUGGUAAUUUAGCAGUAAAAAAAAAGUGUUGAUAAUGCCAUGAAUUCAGUCAUGCUCCAUUGAAAAUGAAUAAAAACUUCAACAACUACUUGUGAUUAUUUAAUUUGUUUUUACUUUCUGUCUUCACAUGGUUGAAAACUUAAUAGCUUGAAAUAAAUGUUUGUGGUCACACUGCCUUUCAGUUCACAUCACUUCUGUUCACACUGCCUUUUUAGUGUUUACAUUUAAUCAUACAUUCAACAUAUCAAACAAAAGAUACAAUUUUAUUUUUGAAAACUUGGUAUCGUGCCUUGAGACCGACUAAUCUAAUAGGGAGAGAAGCACACGAAUACUGCUAGUCGCGACUAAUUUUCAUCGAUAACCUCUUAAGCGCAUAACAUGUCUAAGAGUUAGAGAUCGAACUCAUGACAACUUGCUUAAGGUGUCUGAAUCUCUUAGGACUCCGACCAACCAUAUUUUGGCCAACCACUUAUUAGAAUUAGAAUAGAAUUAUAAAGUACUUAUUCUAGGAGCCUCUCCUAAUCAUUGCUUGCAUUUGUUUUUAUUUAGUUUCCAAACACAAAGACAAAAGAAAGUAUAUAAACAAAUAACAACACUUUGUGCUGUUGUGUGCUGGCAAUUCAGUGGUCAUCUAUCUACAACUGAAAAGUGAAAAGGACAUAGUAAUUGUAAUUAGUAUAAUGCAGGCAACAAUGUCAGGACAGAAAGUAAAACUUCAUAGUUUUGACAGCAAAUUCUUCUUCACAAAAUUGGAUCUUCUACUACAAUUAUUACUACAGCACAAUAUUGCAA